GUCACCGCUCAACCGGCUUGACGGGUUUCAUCCUAAAAUUGAACUCUUAAAUUAAACCUGCCGAACCGUUAGCCAGACCGGUUUGUUUUGCUAGUUUGCCGUUAGCCAAACCGUUAGCCAGACCGGUUUGUUUUGCUAGCUUGCCGUUAGCCAAACUGUUAGCCAAACCGUUAGCCAGACCGGUUUGUUUUGCUAGCUUGCCGUUAGCCAGACCGGUUUGUUUUGCUAGCUUGCCGUUAGCCAGACCGUUAGCCAGACCGGUUUGUUUUGCUAGCUUGUCGUUAGCUGCCGAAACGUCACCCCAGUUCCGCCGAGCUGUAACCGGCGUGUAAAAUAUGCUAAAUUUAAACGGUUGUCAAUUUAGAAUAAUGUUCAGUUAGCGAACUCCAGAUGACACGUUUUAACGGGUACCGCUGGUUUUGAACCCACUGAAUCCCAAACUGCGCAGUUAGGCUGAUACCCCAAGGCGUCCCCACGUAUAAUACCUAUGAGGUUAAUCCCGGGUCUCUUUAAACCCGAGUUUAACUUCCAGUCUGCGGCAACAGCGUCUCCCCGAACUGCCGCUGAACACGGCGACUUUGCGGCACCAUGAGCCCAGUUUGUGUUUUAAGUUCAAGUUGUCAGAAAAAGAAAGAUAGAAGACUCAGUAGACACUGAGCAUGUUGCGUUUACCCGGGGUGAGUCGGACUUUAUCAGCGGCAGCCGUUGCCAAAGGAAGUGCGGCUGUCACGAAGAAUGCUCGCACUGCAGCCACAGCAGCAGCCACUAACCUGUUGGAGGUGUUUGUGGAUGGCACACCAGUCAUGGUCGAGCCUGGAACCACGGUGUUGCAGGCAUGUGAGAAGGUGGGAAUGCAGAUCCCCCGCUUCUGCUACCAUGAGCGCCUGUCCGUUGCUGGGAAUUGUAGGAUGUGUCUAGUGGAGAUAGAGAAAGUCCCUAAGCCAGUGGCAGCAUGUGCUAUGCCAGUUAUGAAAGGAUGGAACAUUCUUACCGACUCUGACAAAACAAGAAAGGCACGAGAGGGUGUGAUGGAGUUCCUCCUGGCUAACCACCCAUUAGAUUGUCCAAUUUGUGACCAGGGUGGAGAAUGUGAUUUGCAGGACCAGUCCAUGCAGUUUGGUAGCGACAGGAGUCGAUUCACAGAGGGCAAGAGAGCUGUGGAAGACAAGAACAUUGGCCCGCUUAUCAAGACCAUUAUGACUCGCUGUAUCCAGUGCACUCGCUGUGUGCGCUUUGCUAGCGAGAUUGCAGGUGUGGAGGAGCUGGGUACCACUGGUAGGGGCAAUGACCUGCAGAUUGGGACCUAUGUGGAGAAGAUGUUCAUGUCAGAGUUGUCUGGAAAUGUGAUUGACAUAUGCCCUGUGGGGGCCCUGACCUCCAAGCCAUAUGCCUUCACUGCACGCCCUUGGGAGACCAGGAAGACUGAAACCAUUGAUGUUCUUGAUGCUUUGGGCAGUAACAUCUUGGUGAGCACCCGUGGUGGUGAGGUGAUGAGAAUUUUGCCUCGUCUGAAUGAAGAUAUCAAUGAGGAGUGGAUCUCAGACAAAACCAGGUUUGCGUAUGAUGGACUGAAACGACAGCGACUCACUCAGCCAAUGGUGAAAAAUGAAUCUGGUCAGUUGGUAGCCACUUCCUGGGAGGAUGUGCUGACUCGAGUAGCUGGAGCACUGCAGGGAGCUCAGGGUAAUGAUGUAGCAGCUGUUGUGGGAGGCUUGGCUGAUGCCGAGGCUCUUGUUGUACUGAAAGACAUGCUGAACCGAUUGAACAGUGACAACCUGUGCACUGAGGAGACAUUCCCCAUGGCUGGGGCUGGAUCUGACCUGCGUUCAAACUACUUGUUGAACACUGGGAUCGCUGGCAUUGAAGAUGCCGACCUGCUGCUCCUUGUUGGCACCAACCCACGCUACGAGGCUCCCCUGUUUAAUGCACGGAUCAGAAAGAGCUGGCUUCACAAUGAGCUGCAAGUGGCUCUAGUGGGACGAGCAGUAGACUUAAGCUACACUUACGAUCAUCUUGGGGAGUCUGCCAAAGUUCUUCGAGAAAUCGCUGCAGGAACUCACCCAUUCUCCCAGGUCUUGGCAAAAGCCAAGCACCCUGUUGUUGUGGUUGGCAGUAGUUCCUUGCAGAGAGAAGAUGGGGAUGCGAUAAUGGCUGCUGUAUCCACCAUUGCUCAGAAUGCCCGGGUCAGCAGUGGAGUGGAGGGAAACUGGAAGGUUCUCAAUGUGCUUCACAGGGUUGCCAGUCAAGUGGCUGCUCUUGAUCUUGGAUAUAAGCCAGGGGUGGAGGCUAUCAGGAAGAACCCACCUAAAGUUCUUUUCCUGCUAGGUGCUGAUGCUGGCUGUAUCACUCGCCAAGACCUUCCUAAGGAUAGCUUAAUCAUAUAUCAGGGUCAUCAUGGGGAUGUUGGCGCGACAAUGGCUGACAUCAUACUUCCCGGAGCUGCGUACACGGAAAAAUGUAGCACCUAUGUGAACACUGAGGGCCGUGCCCAGCAGACUCGAGUGGCUGUUACUGCUCCAGGCAUGGCCAGGGAAGACUGGAAGAUCAUUAGAGCUAUAUCUGAGCUUGCUGGAGUGACUCUACCCUAUGACACUCUCAGUGAAGUGCGUGAUAGAUUGGCAGAGGUCUCCCCGAACCUGGUUCGAUAUGAUGACAUUGAGGAGGCUAACUACUUUAAGCAGGCUAAUGAACUGUCCAAGUCAGUGAACCAGGCUGUGCUUUCUGAACCUUUAGUUCCUCCUCAGCUCACUGUGAGAGACUUCUAUAUGACAGAUCCUAUAAGCAGAGCCUCCCAAACAAUGGCAAAGUGUGUCAAGGCAGUCACAGAGGGAGCACAAGCUGUGGAUGAGCCAUCUAUAUGCUAAAUGUCAAUGGAUAGCCGUGCUUAUAUUGCGCACAAAUUGAUACGCACAACUCCUACAUUUGCACAUUCAGAUAUAUAUUUAUUUUAUGUUGAGUUUUGCUGUGGUAGAAACCUCAGGAAUAUGCAAUAUGGAACUAACACACAAACCCUGAGUGACAUGCCUAUGCUGAAUCAAGUAGAACUAAACUUUUAGCAGUGCUGACAGUCAACUGUUAAACCUUUCAUAUGUAUCACCGACCAUCAUUCUGUGCUCACCAGUAAUAAUUAUAUCCAUAUUCCAGUUGUUUGUGACCAGAUUUGACCAAUUCUGUUACUUAACCCACGGCAGUACUUGUUGUCUUUUCCUGUACAUGUCCAUAUUUAUAUGUGAAGGAUGUAAGGUAUAUAUUUUCCUCCAGGACUAACGAGUAUUCUUAGAUGUCGAGUAUGCAUAAUUAAAUAAACAUAUUUUCUGUAGCAAGCAAGCUUUAGAUAAUCCCAUUUUUGCAAAGCCAAGUUUUUUUUUUUAGCUAAAAAAAAAUCAUGCAAUCGUUAUUUUUUAAGUCAUAUGUGCAACUCCCAUGCUGCUUUAAGAACCCGGAAUAAUAGUAAAUGCCCACAACUAUAAUGGCAGUUCAAUAAAGUG